GAGAAGGCUAUUUUUACAAGGUUAAGGGUGGGACACAACCGGUUGAAUAAGACUUUAAAAGGGAUAGGAAAACAUCCAACAGGAAAGUGUGAUUAUUGCCAGGAAACAGACCGUGGAGCAUGCAUUGCUACAGUGUGGCAGUAUCAGAAGGAAAAAGAGAGGAUGAGAGCUAGUAUGAGGGAGAAGGAGAUACAGGAAAGUAGUUUUAAAAGUAUAUUGAGUAGAACUUCAUUAGUUAUAGUCUCAAAUAUUUUAUAUAUUUUUUAAGAUGAACGGGGCUGGCAGGAUUUAGUUUCUCCCUGUCUCUGGCCCACACUCCAGUACAGUAGGUGGCGGUAAUGCAUCAUGACGCUGAAUUGUGAACCGAAGAUAAACCUCACCGAAGAAGAAGCCCAGGCAUGCGCAAAAAGUGGCGCACCAAGUUCUCGUAUCGAUUUUUCUACAUAGUAUGCUGUCGCCACUCUCUUGCAGUAAUUGUUCUACACAAUUUGAAAAGAAACCAAAAGGUUUCAAAAUAUUACGUAUUUAGCACUAACAGAUGAGAGGACAGCUUAAGUACUUUUCCCGGACAUUACCCCUUCACUACAGUCAGUCCGCAUUUCUGUGUCCAGAUUGUAACAAAACAAGUGCAUGACAAUGUCAAGAGAAACUUCAGGACUGCAGAAUAUUGGACCUGGGCAGCGGUUCCGGCAGAGACUGCUAUGCCCUCGGUAUACUGGUUGGUGAGACUGGCCAUGUCACAUGUCACACACCUAGACCUACAUUGAAUCACCUUACAUCUUCGGUAAUCUAUCAAUAAUUCUAUUAAAUUGGUGUGUGGUACUCUGCUUUGUGCUGUGGGCCUGUCUGGCUCAGUUGGUAGAUCAUGGUCCUUGCAAUGCCAGGAUCAUGGAUUCAAUUUGUGCUGGGGUCAUCAAUACAAAAAUGUAUGCGUAAAAGUGGCCUUUUUUGUGCUCAGAGUCUAGCUUCCCGUAAAUACAUCCAUUACCACCAGGAGAAGUUUGGCUUUUUGUUGAGAAUGACUAUGGAUAUCAUAGUGUCAAACUGUGUCAUCUGUUUAUGCCCUGACAAGAAAACAGUUGUACGGGAAGCCUACAAGGUCCUCAAGGAGGGUGAUGAAUUGUACUUCAGUGACAUGUAUGCCAGCAAUGUUGUUCCACUUAAAAGAAGAUCCAGUUAUGUGGGGUGUGGGAAUGAGCGGUUCCCUCUGUUGGUGAUACCUCAUCUCAUUGGUCUAGGAGGUGGGCUUCAGCACUCCUCACCUCAUCUCAGCCAGUCACAUCGAGGUCCACAACUGCGAGCUCAAAAGAAAGCAGGUGAUAUUAGCUAUGCGUCUGGCACUUACCGGCUCUUCAAAUUGCCCAAAAAGCUUGAGAUGUCAAGCGCAAUAGUGACCUACAAGGGAACUGUGUCUGACUACCCUUGUCAGCUGUAGUUUGACUCCUCCCACUGCUUCAAG